AUGGCAUGGUAUUCCAUUCUCCCACCUCAGCUCAUUCAAUUUGAAAGCUGGGUGGUUCGCGUGUCACUUCUUCUUGCUCUCUUCACAAUCGGCCCAUGGGCAGCUUUGAUUGCCUUUGACGCCUGUCUGUAUCUAUACCGGAUGAUCAUUUGGGAAAUGCCUGGAGUCGGAGGUCGUGCUCGCGGCCAGCAACGGCCGCGCGCUCCCAGCCUGCAGGAACGACCAGACGGCCAGCGAAGGGCCUUUGGAGUCUUUGGUUCCGAGACGGAUAUCGCAAACGGGGAUUUAAAAAGAAGAGAGAAUGGACGGUCAGAACGGCGUGAAAGCUUAGCAAAGACCGAGCCGAGUCCCAUUGAAGACAAGACACCUUAUAAGCUUGACAGUCUAGGAGACGUCGCGAAAAGACGGAUGGCCUCACCCCAAUGA